CAUUCCUUUGGAAUCUCCUCCCAUUCCGGGCUGCAGUCUGUCAGUUUUUAAGGCUCUUCCGUAUUCAUGAAGGGAGGGACGACAGAAAACAGGCUUUCUGAAGGAAUGGUUCGGAAGGGAGAAGUUUCUGAACGCGAACAAAAGAAAGUCCCGAAGAUGACCUCCAAAGACCAACACUGACCUCUCCGUAGGAACACAGAGAGCACAUCACCGGAUUGUGUGUGUGUGUGUGCGUGUGUGUGUGUGUGAGGAUGAGCAUGCAUGACUGAUGAGGAAGAGUUUACGGGGGGUAAACGCCAGCGAUCUCAAGCCAAAGACGCUCUGAAAGUCUCCUUCCGGGCUGACAUGAGACUAUAAAGCCGACGCCGUCCACCUCAACAAGCUGCCGGGCCCGUGGGGGGGGGGCAGCCCCAUCCUACCUCCGAAGCGCUUCGGGCCGGGCUGGUGCCGACCUCAGCCGCCAUCAUGCUGCAGCAGAUCUUGGACGACAUGUUCAUCGACCCCGAUGUGCUGGACGCGCUUAACGACGACCAGAAAAAGAUCCUGUUCUUGAAAAUGCGGCAGGAGCAGGUACGGCGCUGGACAGAGCGGGAGGAGAAGCUGGAGAGCGAAGCGGUGGACGGCGAGCGCAAACGAACAGCGCCAAAAAAAGCCAACCGCAAGAAUGUGAGCUGGCUGCCCGGUCGGGAUGGCGAUGUGGCGGUCAUCGUGAUCGGGGAGCGGGAUGAGCUGAACUCCAAAUUCAUCCACUCGGGAUUCGGAGAAAAGAGUCUUCAGAACAAUGCAUGCCAUCAAACCAUCUUGAAGAGCAGAACCACAGCACCUGUCGCAGCUGAACGAGAGAACACACAACCUGGAAUUUCACUAAAUCUGAAGGGGAAGCGCGAGGAGACGAGCACCGCGCUCCCUCUGCCGGUGUCAGCGAGUGGACAUCCGUCACCUCCAGCAGCUGAAAAGCCAGAGCCUAAGUCGGCGAGCGUGACCAGGGAAGGGACCGGCUCCCUGGCGCUCCAUCUCCGCCCGGCUUCUCGGGACACCAAACGCUGUGGACGGGAGAGCGGCUUCUGCCAACACGGCACCCGCCAACCCGGCACCCGCCAACCCGGCGCCCGCCAUCUUAGCGCCCACCAACCCGGCGCCUGCCAACCCGGCGGCCGCCAUCCUAGCGCCCACCAACCCGGCGCCCACCAACCCGGCGCCCACCAACCCGGCGCCCAGAUGUGGCCACGCCAACCUGACGCCGACCACUGCCACGCCGACACCUUCCCCACGCGGCACCGCCCGGGUGGACUCUACGCCGACCGGGGGCGGCCUGCGCGACGGGGGGCCUCAGAAGCCCCAGGUAUCCCAGAGCGGGAAAGAUGUCGCUGCAUCAGAAGCGCCUCGGAGGGCCGUCCCGGGGGGGGGCGGGUGGUCGGGGAACGCGGCGGCGGCCUGCGCGGGGCGCGGCCGGGUGGCCCAGCUGAUGAAAACCUUCAGCACCGAAAGCCCCGGCGGCCCGGCGCAGACGCCGUCGCCCCCUCGCGGCGUCAAGCCCCCCCUGCCCAACAAGCCCGGCCACUUGCGUCUAAAGACCACUCCCACUGUCAGGUAAUCCUCGCACGCCGCUUCACGCAUCCCGGCGAAUCAAACGAGGCCUCAAUGAACAAUGGCGGCCGCCCGAGGUGGAGCCUCAGCCGGGGGCCGGAUGGGAGGAGAGACACAGGAAGGAGGGAACGGUUCACAAUGGCGACAUCACUCCCAAAGCACAGCAAUGGGGAUCCUUGAAUGUUCUAUUUUUCUUGCUGUAUUUCUUCUUUUUUUUUUUUUUUUUUUUGUGGAAGCUUCAGUAAGUAAACACUUUUUGCGGGAUUCCAAAGCAAUUGAUCAAAAUGUGUAUGUAUCUUUUAUUUGCAGGUAAAUGAUGUCUGUCGUGUGCGUUCGUUUGAUAUUUUUUUUAUGCUUUCCACGCAACAUGCGGGAAGAGAAAUGUUUUUUUUUUUUAAUGUUUUUAUGUCCAAUAAAGUGUGCAAACACACACACACACACACACCAUAUUGUUUACUUACCAUUAUUACAUUAUUUUUAUCGCUUCCAACACCGUUUGCAUGAGCUCAUAUGCAGACACACGUGUGAGUGGUUCCAGGACAAAAGACUGGGCAUGGGCCGGCAUAAUGGGGUAGAAUAAUGCACAGUGGGGUCUUCCUCCUCCUCCUCCUCCUUCUUCUUGCUGUCUCCUCCUUGGGAAUACUUUAGGUUUGUUUAUUUGUCACAAUGCAAUGUAUGUCUCACUCUGCCACCUGGCCGGAGCCUCGCUGCGACCUGUCGCGGGCCGGAGGCCGUGCCAAAUGCAUCAUCGCCUGUCACUCCCAGCGGAUCCAGUCAGACAGCCGCCGCCAAACCAGCCGGCUCCUCUGCGAUGUUUCCUGUGCUAUUUUAAAGAUGCUUGGUUGUACUUUUUCCAAUUUUGAAAAAAAUAUAUAUUUUCUACGGGGAGAAAUGUUUUGUAAUGGAAUUUUUAACAUUACUGCGAUGUUCAUUUGUAAAAUGAGAGACAUUUGUUAUCAGGCUUUUAUGGUGCAAUUAAAGAAAUAAUAAAAUUCUGUACCUUGUACACUUUGUAUCUUUAGAGUA